UUUAAAUCAAACCCUCUUUUUCUUCCUUUCUUGUCUCCACCUACUUUAUCUACAUCAGCCCAACAAAAGCCCAAACUUUUCUGCUACAAAAACCUUCUCCACCUCUGGAAACCUUCCGGCCAAGGACGAACCUUACGACGGAGACUUCCCUCCUCAAACAUGGAGAGGCUGCUUUACUCUUCCUCUCCCACGGCGCCUCUCAAACUCCACUGCAAACCCACUCCUUUUCUGCCUCGUCUCCCCCGGAUCGAUGCCGCUAAACUCGGCGGCUUCCCGCUUCUGCCACGGCAGCCGCUUCAGCUCCGGCGAGCUGGUACCGUCUCCUGCAAUUAUGAGACGAAUCCACCGUCGGUAUCAUCCGUUUCUUCUGGUAAAUUGCCUUCUUUGGCCCCUUUACACGUCGAUUCCCCUGCUGGCCCGGCGCCAAGUUCUGAUCUUCUCCUACAGAUCCCGGCCGAAUCCCGUCAUUUGCCACGAAAGCAGGCAAUGAGUGUUGCGGCUUGUGUACUACUCUCAGCUAUCUUGAUGUUCACGAUGCACCCAAUCUUUGCAUCACCGGCAUUAGCAACCUACCAAACAGCAGCCAAGACCGCUGCUCCCGCUGGUCUAGGAGCAAAACUAAUCCGGACCGAACUCUUAAGCAGCGCAUGGACUGGUUUCUUUGCUGGUUGUCUCCACACACUCUCAGGUCCAGAUCACCUUGCAGCUUUGGCUCCACUCUCAAUUGGUCGAACACGUCUUGAAAGUGCUGCUGUUGGAGCACUGUGGGGUUGUGGCCAUGAUGCUGGCCAGGUAAUCUUUGGUCUUCUGUUUCUCCUGCUCAAGGAUCGGCUCCACAUUGAGAUCCUCAGAACUUGGGGCACUCGAGUUGUCGGUCUUACCCUACUUGUCAUUGGCGGUAUGGGGAUAAAGGAAGCUUCCGAGGUCCCCUCACCUUGUGUUGCCCUAGAAAAUGGAGAGUGUGAUGUGGGCGUCUAUGAAUCACUUGAAGCCACCCCUGCUGUAGUGCAGAAGAAGAAGAUAGGAUUCGCUACCUUUGCUACAGGGAUUGUUCAUGGAUUGCAGCCUGAUGCGCUCAUGAUGGUCUUGCCUGCACUCGCUUUGCCUUCUCGGGUGGCUGGUGCGGCUUUUCUUGUCAUGUUCUUGGUGGGAACUGUUGUUGCAAUGGGGUGCUACACAGUUUUCAUAGGGUCCUGUAGUCAGGCGUUGAAGGACCGGGUGCCUAGAAUAACUGAGAAGCUCACAUGGGCAUCUUCCUUCAUAGCUAUCGCUCUUGGUGUCUCCAUUCUCAUUAGCCAGUUUUUCGGGUUCAGCUUGUAUUGAAUUGAUUGAUACUACUAAAUAGGGUAUUUGCGCUACAGCUAGAGAAGAGAUGAUUGGAAUGAGCCAUUCUAUUGCAUUUUGCUGCGGAGAAAGUGGUGCACAAGCAAUGAAAAGGAGAUGGAUAGCGUCUUAUCCUGUCUCCAAUCUAUCAGUUUUGAGAGCUCUUCUUUAGUUUUGUCUCUUCAGUUUAGAGUUUCAGGUCGUAAUUGUUAGUUGAUUUGAGUUCGACAUGUAUUAGUAAGCAUUUUGAUUCUUGAUUGGGCUUUACUGCUGGUACUUUGCACUAAUUUUCCAGCAAGAGUUUUGAAGGAGCUUUAAGAUGUGAGUGUGACUAAAGAUCAGCUCCUUCAGUUAUGGCUUGAUGGUACAUACCAUUAUGACAUUAUCAAAGCAACUUUUCAUUUUCCGUCUCCAGAUUUAAAUGAUUAAAUCAUAUGAAAUUCAACUUGUUCUGUGGAAAA